AUGGUGCUGGACAAAGGCCGAAUCAUAGAGUUCGAUUCACCUCAGGCACUGCUGGCGGACCCCGAUUCCGCCUUUUCGAAAAUGGUGCAAGAAUCGGAAUUCGGGUCAAAAAAGACGAAUUAA